AUGUCAAGCUCAACCAAAUCCGUCUCGGCGGCUGCCGUGCAGUCACAUACCACACGCGACAACUGCUGGAUUGUUGUAGAGGGAAAGGUGUACGACAUGACAAGAUUCGCACCAGAGCACCCAGGAGGAGCGGAAAUAAUCUACGCAUAUGCUGGUAGAGACGCCACCGAGGCGUACUCGGAGGUCCACGAACCGAAUCUCAUCAAGACCAAUCUCUUGCCUCGAGAGCAGAUUGGAGAUCUUGACCCAACCACAAAGCUCCCAGAUGUGCCGCCUGGUCAAGAUUCGAGGGCAGGUCGGAAGCAAGAAGACAAACCAUCGCUCGACACUUUCAUCAACCUGUACGACUUUGAAGAUGCUGCGAAGAAGUCACUCUCGGAGAAGAGCUGGACCUUCAUCUCGGGCGCCUCAAACGACAACAUCACGCGUGACGUGAACCACGACCUCUUCAGAAAGAUAUGGUUCCGGCCUCGGAUAUUGAGAAAUGUCUCGACUGUAUCUACGAAAGCGACGAUGAUGGGAUGCCAAGUAUCACUUCCUAUAUGGAUUGCACCGGCUGGUGUUGGCAAGACGGCUGGACCAGAGGGUGAACUGGCGCUUAGCAGAGGCGCCGCAGCCACUGGCAUCAUACAGACGAUAUCAACGACGGCCUCGUUCCCAUUGCUCGAGAUUCUUGACGCAGCGGGCAAGGAUCAUCCGUUCUUCUUCCAACUAUACAUCAACAAAGACCGGUCAAAGACUGAAGAGCUCCUCAGGGUCAUCAACAGCCGCCCACAGAUCAAAGCUUUGUUUGUCACCGUCGACCUCCCUGUUGUUUCGAAGAGAGAAGCAGACGAACGGAUAAAACAUGACACGUUAUAUUCCAGCGGCGUCGGAGGCUCCGCAGCUGGUAGCGACCACAAGGGCGCGGGGCUUGCAAGAAGUGUAGGGUCUUUCAUAGACCCGGCAUUCUGCUGGGAAGACCUGGCCUGGCUGCGACAACAGACCAAACUGCCAAUUGUCCUGAAAGGUAUACAGUCAGCGGCCGAUGCCAGGCUCGCCAUGCACAUGGGCUGCCAGGGGAUCGUGGUGAGCAAUCACGGAGGCAGGGCGCUGGACGGGGCCCCGGCCUCGAUUCUCGUGCUCCUAGAGCUACACAGGGAGUGUGCAGAGGUCUUUGACCACAUGGAGAUUUUCAUCGACGGGGGAUUCAGAAGAGGAUCCGACAUUCUCAAAGCCCUCUGUCUCGGAGCCAGUGGUGUCGGCCUGGGCAGACCCUUCAUGUAUGCCAUCAACUACGGCAAAGAAGGCGUCGUGCACGCUAUCAACAUCAUCAAAGACGAGAUCGAGACAGCCAUGCGCUUAGCCGGCCUGAAAUCUCUAGACGAGGCGGACCCAGCGCUGAUCAACACGGCCGAGGUGGAUCCGCUUGUCCCUCGCGGUUCACUCCAUCCUUACGCACGGAGACGCGAAGGCCCAAGAAGACAAUAUCGUCUCUAA